UUUUCAACGCAGUAGGUUCGUUAAAAUUGUGAAUACUUCGAAGUGAAAAUAUUGAAAUAGGAUAUAAAAAUAUUUUUUGAAACUUCGAAGAUUUUAAAUUAUACAUACCUGGUUGUGAAAUUUACGUUGGGAAUCCCAUACAGUUUUAAAACGGAAUAAACGAAAGUUGUACGUAAAAAUAUAUAAUGAGACUGCUGGUGCUUACCGUGCUGUUGGUUCUCCCUGGGCAGACACAUGGAGGACUUUUUGGUAUUAGGGGCCUUUUUAGGAGUGGGAGAAAAUCAAUAGAAAUUUUAACAGGAGUUGUACAGCAACAAAUAUCAGCCAUUCGUGGAAUAUUGGAGACGAAGGUGAUCCCUGACGUACAAGAAAGCUUAAAAGUCGUAAGGGAAUCUGCCUAUGAAUUUGUUAAUAUCACCAAACGCAUGGAACAAAGAAUAGAAGAGUCUCUCGACAAGCUCGAUGACCUAGCAAAGACCGUAAAUCAUGUUCUGGACAUCGUUAUUGUUAUAUCAUGCAUAGCUCUUUUUGCUGUCUGUAGUAAACUAAAUUCUAGUUCACGAGACGAACAUUUGAAAUAUGGAUAUUUGACAAUUCUCAUGAUGAUAAGUCUAAUUACGGCUAUUGGUGUGAUUUUACGCGUGUUUUGUGUAUCUGUGUUGCAAAUAGACAUGAGUCCGUCAGCGACAAUAGUCUGCGUGAUAUUUCUUACAACAACAGUUGUAGCCUGGGAAGUUUUACGUCUCGUAUAUUACCUUCUGUGCAGUGUUGGUGUGGUGGUAUAUUUCUUCAUUCUUGGGCCCAGGCUGAUCUUAUACAUUACUGUGGAUGGCCCUAUACGAUGGGUUUGGCGAGCAUACAAAUAUGCCGAUGAGAUGAAAUCAAAGAAAGCAUUUUACUUCGCCGUGGCUUUACAUUGGACAAUGUUACUUAUCAGUCUUAUGGUUUAUUAUCUAUUCAUGUACAUAGAUGAAUCAAAUGAUCAAGCAGCAUUUGCCAGUGUACUCGCAUCGUACAUUUUCUUUUACGCAGUCGCAGUUUACUUGUAUAAAUACCACCAAAGGCCUGAACCUCAGGAAAGGUUGAGGGCGCUGUAUGGAGGAAAUGUGAAUGGAGGUCAAGGUCGACCAUUAAAAAAUAAUUAAAACCUGGUAGGUGCAAUGGCGCCUGUACUUUGAGACAUCUAUCUAUUCAACUAGAAAAGCAUUAAGUCAAUUAACUUCAUGUAUAAUAUGACAAUGUUUCUGCUUGUAAUGGCACAGAUGACAACUCGUUUUUAGGCCAGCACAGAGUUCCUCACUAUACAUGUUUGUAAAUUAGAACAGCUUGUUUCACCAGAUUAUAUAUAAUAUCGAAGAGAUAUGACUAUGUAAGUUUUAAUAACAGAAACAUAUACGGUGCAUUAUUGUGACCGUCACAGUUUUCGCGCGAAAGAAUUCAAUGACACUGAAUUAAAACCAAAAUAAUUUCAUGUACAAUUGUCCUGAAGGGCCUCAUGACCUGUGACCUGGGUUAUUCUUAUAUCAUAUUGUAAUGUUACCAGCUAUGAUCAUGUUUACCUGCUUUUAAUAAUGACUUUGGUUAUAAUGUAGCUACCACAUCACAAACCAUAUUGAUUUCAAGUUAUUUCCAUUUUGUGGUACGCGUUAACUCAUAUAUUUGAUGGAAUAUCAGAUAGUAGUGUCUGUCAGUAUCCUCAGCAUUGGGCUUUUCAGUAUAUCCUAAAAUACAAAGUAUGUGAGGCUAUGUAACAACCACGCUGUCCGUCGGCCCAUUUGUCCAUCUGUUCGUCCGUCCAUCCAUUGUAUUCGCUCGUAUACUUAGUGUUGUAUAACUGCUGUGAAAUUUUUCGUAAACCUAUCACAUCAAAACAGUAGAAAAUUGAAAAAAAGGAAAUUUGUUUCUGAUGGCAUGUAAUAAAACGCUUAUUGAACGGUUUGCCUGAUAACAGUCAAACAAAACUUUUUUUCUAUUUUGAGGACAUCGGGCAAAUAGUUUUGACUAUUGACCGGCAAGCCAUUCACUAAGUGUAUACUGUUCUUUUGAAAGGAUAUCAUGUAACGAACAAAUAUUAUCAGUUGUCUGGCUGAUAACAUAAUGUAUACGGAAUUACAAUUUGAUAUAACGAUAGGUUGUGUACUUGAAUAGUUAUUUUGCAGUUUGUUCUUGCUAUUAUUUUUUUUUUUGCUUUUUAUCUUUUGUUAUUUGUGAGACGUUGUUCACGUUGUCUUCCUGGUGUAAAAUACUGUCUUGUCAUUGAGUAUUCUAUUUUGUUUUACAAUAUACUGUCAAAUGUUGAUUUUGUUGAUUAUAAAGUCUUUAUAAUGUAAAUGCCUUUAUGUGAUACCAUACAAAACAAAUAUACUAUCUUGCAAACAGA